AUGCAACCAAAAAAGAACUUCCGACACUCUCAAUCGGGAAAUUUGUACUUUGUUCCCAAUUAUGACGGGGACUUCUUCCCAAAGCCUAUGGAGGAGCUGCGACGUGAAUCGCCAAAGAAGUCCAUAAUGUGCGGGACCACGCAGAAUGAAGGAUUAUUCUUCGUUGCACUUGGAGGGUUUCCUAAAAGCUUGGAAGGAUUUCGGAAGUUCUGUGAUCGUAUAGUUUGCGAAUGUGACUACGGAAGCGAUUAUGAGACCAUUCGCAAAGAAAUUUGUGAUUUUUAUAUGAAGGACGUGGAUCCAAAGAACAAACUAAAGGUGGCGGAACGUAUGGUUGAGUUUUUCGGCGACUACGCUAUCAAUGCGGGUAUGAUGCGGUACACCCGGUUAAUGUCACAGUUUGGCAAUGACGUCUAUUUUUAUUGUUUCGAGCACUUUAACCCAGACGGUUUCGGAUUCUUGCGCUUUAUGCUUCCUUUCAAAGGUAUAUUUUUCUAGUA